CAUUACUAGUUAUGGCGGACGACGCAGUUACCUUGCAAAAAUUGAUAGAACCGCAAUUCAUUAAGAUUACAGAAGGAUUCCCUGGUGCAGAGGGUCCUGUGUUUGACAAAUGUGGAAACUUCUAUAUGGUUGCACCUGAAGUGAAAACUGAUGGCAACUUUACUGGUCAAGUGAUCAGGAUUGACCUGGAUACUUGUAAGUCUACAGUAAUAUGUGAACCUAAUAUAGAUGGCUUUGGUGGAAUACCAGCAGGAUGUCAAUGUGAUAAAAAUAAUAUGAUAUGGAUAGCAGACAUGAGGCUAGGUAUCCUAAGCAUGAAUCAGUCCGGUCAGUUUAAUCAGUUAUGUAAAGAAGACAAAGAUGGGAAUACUAUGCAGGGUUGUAACGACUGCUGCUUUGAUUAUGACGGUAACUUAUGGGUUACAGCACCAGCAGGGAAAAUUGCACCACAUCCAUAUACCAGAUCAAACAAAGAGGCGUUUGGAUCUGUUUAUUGUGUGACAAACAAACACACAGUGAUAAAAGUAGACACUGGCUAUUUAUUUUCUAACGGAAUAGCUGUACAACAUUCUUUAGACGGGAAACCACAGAAGCUGAUUGUAGCUGAAACUCGAACACAAUCUCUAUGGGUUUAUAAUAUACUAGGUCCAGGUGCUGUUGGAAAUAAAACGUUAUGGGGGAAGUUGCCAGAGUGCCCAUCCGUAGAUGGAGUGCCGACAGGACCAGAUGGUAUGGAUUUUGAUGAGGCAGGAAAUUUAAUUGUUGCUCAUAUUCGUUCUGGAUAUCUGGAGGUAUUUGGACCUGAAGGAGGCAGACCCCAUACACGAAUAAAAUGUCCUUUUAUAAAGCCAAGUAACCUGCAUUUUCAGCCGGGAACCAGUACUGUGUAUGUUACAGAGCACGAAUUUGAUGGUUUAUGGAAAUUUCAGUGGUUAAGAAAAGGACAACCCCAGUACUGUGAACUGUAGAGGUCAAUUGUUUUCGACUGGUUAUCAAUAAUUUAAUUUCCAAAACCUGUCUUUACUGUGCGACACGGGAAAAAAUAUGUAAUUAAACUCCUCAUAGAUACCAGGACUAAAUUUUGUAUAUACGCCAGAUGCGCGUUUCGUCUACAAAAGACUCAUCAGUGACGCUCGAAUUCCAAAAAAAGUUAAA